CUGUGCCACCAGGGAAGCCCCCUGGUUUGUUUUUGAGAUUGCUUCUUCAUAUGCUUGGUCCAUUCCCCUGCUGGGGUUGCUCUCUUUUUCUUGUCAAUUUGCCUGAGAUCCUUGACCAUUCUCGUUUUAAGACUUUGUAUGCGCUCUUAUGCCAAUUUUGGCACUUCAUAUUAUUUUAGAAACUUAUCCACUUCAUCUGGGUUUUCAAAUUUAUAAAUGUAGAGUUGUUAAUGACACUUUUAUUAUUCUUAGAACAUGUGAUGUCUGUUAAUUUUUAUUUUUCAUUCUGUAUUUUAUUUGCAUCUUUUUUUCUUGAUUAGAGUUGCCAGAGAAUUAUCUUAGUAAUAUUGUCAAAGAAUGAAUAUUAGUCUUUUGUAAUACUUUUUUGUUGUUUUCUAUUCCAUUGAUUUCUGUCAUCAUCUUUAUUUCUGUCCCUUUUUGGGGGAUGCUUUGUGGUCUCAUAUAACUUCUUGAGUUAAUUCAUAAACAUUUUGUAAUUCUUCUUGUUUCCUGAUAAAUGUAUUUAAAUUAUAAAUUUACUUCUGAAUAUUGAUUUAGAAAUCAGAGUCCCAAAUUUUGAUGUGUAUUUUAAAAAACUUUUGAUGUUGAAAUGAUUAUUGGCUUACAAGAAGUUGCAAAAAUUUUAGAGUCCCUUAAACCCUUCUUCCAGUUCCCCAUAGGGACAUUCUGUAUAACUGUAGUAUAUGAGCAGGAAAUUGACAUUGGUAUAUUACUCUUAACUAACUUACAGGCCUUAUUCAGUUUUCAUCAGAUUUUACAUGCACGUGUGUGUGUGUGACAUGUAGUAUGUUUGCUAUUAUUCAGUUCUAAAUACUUUUUAAUUUCUUUUUCGAGUCAAGGGUUAUUUAGUAAUAUGUUGGUUAACUCCUACACACACAUUUGUUGUUCUGACCUCAUUGUCUCUGGAUGGAGAAUAGCCUGUAUGAUAGUGAUCCUUUGAAUAAGCCAGCGUCCUCUGCUCAGCACCAUGUCCAGUGGCAGAACCUAAGCAGGAGAGUGAAGAGUCAGGAUUUGAGAAGCUAAUGUGGGUUCGGGUUAGGUUGGAAGAGAGACUAUGGAGAUGGGAAGACCUGUGUCCCUGAAGGGCUCAGGGAGCCUAUGUUAAUGAAAAUGAUAAUCAACUUUCUGCUCCAGAAACAGUGACCCAGAGGCUGACAAGAACUGAGCUUGAGACCUAGAUUGAAAUUGGUUCCAGACCGAGGCCCAGCAUCCAGGACCCAGACACAGGACCAUGGGACCUCAGCAUUUGAGCCCCGUGCAGCUGCUCUGUCUCCUAGGGGCCAUUUCCACUCUGCCUUGGGCUGGAGCUCUUUUGUGUUAUGAAGCAACAUCUUCCCUCUUCAGAGCUGUUGAUCUCCAUAACUGGCAGUGGCUUCUGAUGAGGAGCAUGGUGUGUAAACUGAAUGAGGGCUGUGAGGAGACGCUGGUGUUCAUCGAGACAGGGACCAGAAGGGGAAUUGUGGGUUUUAAAGGCUGCAGCCCAGCUUCAUCUUACCCCCCGCAAGUCUCCUACCUCGUUUCGCCGCCCGGAUUGUCCAUUGCCUCCUAUAGCCGUGUCUGCCGGACAUACCUCUGCAAUAACCUCACCAACAUGGAUCCUUUUGUGAAACUCAAGGCCAAGGCUCCUAAGACUUUAGCAUCUUCUUCCCAUAGUUGCCCAACCUGUGUGGGCGAGCACUCCGAGGACUGCCUCCCAAAUUUUGUCACCACCGAGGCUUGCCCCAACAAUGCUACUGAGUGUUACAGUUCCACCUUAAAACUUCAGGCAGGGUAUCUCAAUACCACCUUCCUCCUCAUGGGCUGUGCUCGUGAAAACACCAAUAUUUUAUCCCACUUUCACCAUAUUGGCAGCAUCAGAGUGACUGAGGCCAUCAACAUCUUAGAGAAGGCCCAGUUUGCUGGUGCAGAGCCCUCUAGUGGGAGACCUGCUUGGGGCAUCCUCUUAGGCCUUCUGUUUGCCUUCAGGGACUGACGAUCUAGCUGGACCAAACACCCCUACCCCUUCACAUAGUGAAAUAAAGUUACGGAGUUGC